AUGGAUCUCAACAAGCUCACUGUCAAAGAGCUUUUGGCACAACUUACAGCUGCCGGUAUAGAGAAGCCCACUGUUAAAGAGGGAGUCGUUGCUUUCGUCGAAAAUCGAUCACGUCUCGCACGUCGGAUGGAUCAAGCCAGGGAAUUAGCUGCCAUUGAACAGAAAUUGAAUGAGACAAAUGCAGGGCCAGAAUUGGAAACUCUCCUCCAACGCACAACCAAAGCUAUCCUCUCCGGUUUCGACUUUUCACUCCCAAAGCUUCCAAAGGGAUUAGAAGUUAUAAUGAACGUUAACAUGCAACUUUUACACACGCGUACUGAGGUUGUGGAUACUGAUGACCAAGAUCAUGAGACCGGCCUGCAGACUCCCGGUUCUCAGAGUGAAGAUGAAAUGAUAAUGAUCAAUCAUUCAAUGGGACGGGCAGUGGAGUUUGUACAGGGGGCAGAAGAUGAAGAAGAAGAGUUAGAUGAGAAUGGCAUUCCCAUCAUUCAACCCCCGCUCCGAGAAACUCAACUAAGUACUAAUGUUGCCGAUUCCCGAAAACGCAAACUCGGAAGCUCCACACAACAAGUUGCUUCUACCUUGAUCUCAAAGUCCGAGAUGAAAGCAGGCCGUAACCCCAACAGACAAGCUCAGGAAGAUGAACAGACUCUCAAGGGUUCUCCUUCUAAUUCUAGAUCUGCGAUACUCGGACAAUCGAACAAGAAACAGAAGCGUGUUGCUGGAAGGUUCGCCUGA